AUGGAGGUGCACUAUAGAGCCUCCGAGCCCAAGGUGACAAGCAGCUCAGCAGCUGCAGGACUGUGUUGUCGCUGUCUUUUACACGACUGGCCUCUUAUCCGCCGUCGGGGAAGUACGUGCAAUGCCUACGCGCUGCAGCGGCUACCUGGGCUGUGGUUCCAGCUUCAGCGACAGCCAGGUCCCCCCUGGAUUGCACUGUGCCCCGAAGUCACCCCCGUUCAACUGCAGGGCUGUGCUCCACGCCAGCUCCGAUGUUAUCCGGGCCGAAACAAAUUAUUACUGCGCUGGGAGACCCCGGGUUUGGUGUCCGGGGUGAGGGGCCCGCCGCCCAGCCCCUUCGUGCUGCGGGCGCGGCGGUCCAUGGACAAGAGCGGGAUGCCCUGGCACUUGCGCUACCUGGGCCAGCCAGAAAUAGGCGAUAAGAACCGCCACGCGCUGGUGCGCAACUGCGUAGACAUCGCUACUUCGGACAACCUGACAGACUUUCUGGUGGAGAUGGGCUUCCGCAUGGACCACGAGUUUGUGGCCAAAGGGCACGUGUUCCGCAAGGGCAUCAUGAAAAUCGUCGUGUACAAGAUCUUCCGCAUCCUAAUGCCGGGAAACACGGAGAGCAUCGAGCCGCUUUCCCUCUCCUACCUGGUGGAGCUCAACGUGGUAGCGCCAGCAGGACAGGACGUCGUUUCUGACGACAUGAGGAACUUUGCUGAGCAACUGAAGCCUCUAGUGCACCUGGAAAAAAUUGACCCCAAAAGGCUAAUGUAAUUGAAAAGCUGCACAGUUAAGGCAUUGGUUUUUUUAGUGUUCCUGAAGAGGGUGUUCUUCUAAAAUGCCUUUUGAGGGCAAAUCAAAACAGGGAGAGGGGAAUAAAGGACUACACAUCAGUGUUUUGUCAACUGCAA